AUGUUUGAAUACCCCCAAUUUCCUCUCUACUACAGCGCUUCUGAACCAGGUCCAGGCGAUGAGUUGCUGGAUUACUCUCAACUUGACCCUCGGGAACCGUUAGAGUCCCAGAGUCAUUCUGCUAUAACUCUAGAUACACUGGUGUCUAAGCCCGCCACCGGUCAGGUUGACACUGUAUCCGUAUCCCACCAGAGCUCUCCUGGACAUCUGCCAGGUGAAGUAUCCAGCUCCAAGGAGGAAAGAACUGCGCGCUCAAACAAGGCCACAGAGUCAGUGCUUACCAUCUAA